UGUUGUGAUAAACUUAUUAAAUAGACAGUCAUUUCUCUGGCUCGUAAAUUAUCAAAAUGACGUAAGAAGAGUAUCAAAAAAUGGCCUUAUUUUGUAGUCAAGAUGACUUUCUUUUUUCACAACCUGACGAUGACUCCCUUGGACUAGAUUCAGAUGAUGACAAAUCUGUUGACGAUGGGUUAUUGCUCAUUAUUAAUCCGACUUCUGAGCAAAAAUAUGUUUCUUUUAUUCGUUCUGCUAGAUCCACUCUUGCAUAUAUGGGAUUCCUUGGUUUCUUUCUGGUGUACUCAAUGAGAAUUAACAUAAGCGUUGCCCUAUUAGACAUGGUCGACAGCGAAAGUUCCAAUGCUAGUUUGAAUGAAAACUGUCCUGCUUCCAAUGUAACAGAACGCAACCAGUCAACUUUGUCAGGAAAGUUCGACUGGACUUCAAGCGAACAGGCAUCUGUCCUGGGUGCAUUUUAUUAUGGCUACAUGAUUACCCAAAUUCCUUCCGGGUUAUUUUUAAACCACUACAAAGGAGAAGGUGGGAAACUGCUCUACGGAAUGGGGAUCUUGUUGACAGGGUUGUUUACAUUGCUUUCCCCACUAGCCUCGUAUGGAGGAGUUGGGUGGCUGAUAGGAUUGCGUGUUCUGGAAGGAGUCACAGAGGCUGCUACAUUCCCAGCUUUCAAUCACAUGAUGGGCAAGUGGGUUCCCAAAUACGAGCGCAGUUUCUUCUCCGCAUUCGCCGCCUCCGGUGGAACCUUUGGUAAUGUGCUCACAAACCCAAUUGUAGGAUAUCUGUGUUCGCUAUCUCUCUUGGACGGAUGGCCUCUAGGCUUCUAUGUGAACGGUGCUCUGGCUGUCAUUUGGUACGCAAUGUGGUGCAUUCUGAUUUCCGAGAAGCCAGAAACUCACCCAAGAAUAUCUCAGGAAGAAAUGGAACAUAUCAAGUCGAAUACUUCUCAGCGCUGUAGUAACGAAUUGGAAAUUGUUCCGUGGAAAUCCAUAUUAACCAGUCGUGCCUUCUAUGGUCUGCUUACGUGCCACGUGUGCUGCAACUUCACAAACUACGGUUUGAUGUCUUGUCUGCCUCAAUACUUGUCCAACGUGCUCAACUUUGACAUAUCCUCAAAUGGGUUCCUAAGUGCCUUGCCCUGGCUUUGUUGCUGGAUAUCUAUUCAGCUAUUCUCCACUAUCACUGAUGUUGUCAGACGUCACAACUGCUUGUCUACUACUGUCGUUCGUAAAGUCAACGCUUUCGUCGGCACCGUGUUUCCUGGACUUUUCCUGAUUCUGGCCGGAUAUGCUGGCUGCAAUGCGACACUGGCAGUUUGUUUCAUUGUUAUAGCAAUGUUUUUCUUCGGAGCCAACUGGUCUGGAUUCAAUUGCAACAAUCUUGACAUAGCUCCUAACUUGGCAGGUGUUUUAUUUGCUAUAACCAAUACCUUUGCCACCAUCCCAGGGUUUGUUGCUCCACUUGUCGUGGGUUGGAUCACAGCUGAUAACGUGCACAGUGAAAAACUGUGGCGAUAUGCCUUUUUCACAUUCGCUUCAGUCAGCUGGUUUGGUGGCCUAGUGUUUAUUCUGUUUGCGUCCGGUGAAUUGCAACCGUGGGCGGCUGGCAUAAAUUCUGACAACAUAGAUAAUGAUUGCAGGGACUUGAUCAACCAAAGCGAUCAUGACGUGGCAAUUGAUACGGAAUCGUCUUAGUGACAUUUGAGCUAUUCAAUUUUCACUGCUCUCAUAACGCUGCUACAGCGCGCAAUAAAAAUGCUGCUAUUUAAUUCUCAUCAUAGAUUAGAAAUACAGAUAGAUGAUGCAUACAGAUCGAAUGUAUAUUUUUCUUUAAAAAUCUGUUAAUCAAGUUUUUGCUAUUGACGAGGUCAUGAUUUUAAAUGAGAACAGUAGUGUUUCUAUUUGAGCAUGGCAUAAAAUUUAGCCGCCAAAACAACUAGAAAUUUUGAUUUCAACCGUGAAAAAACUCGUGUUGUUUUCGAGUUAAAACUACUAAAAAUCAUUAUUCAACUUAUUUCGAACUUCGCUAUAUGAUAAGACAGCUCUUUCAUGGAAUUAUUUGAUCGAUAACAAUUUUUAUGCGACCACGUUCAGAGAUUGACAAGGAAUGAUGGCAUGGGUUUGUUGAUGCGUCAUUUUAAGAUCUCAAAGAAAGCUUGUUGUGAUAUUUCAGUUACCCCAAGCUUAUAAAGACCUUUGAGUAGUGGCUGUUCGGAUUUCAAAAAAGAUAUGGAUUCAAAAAAUUCAAAAACUCUGUGUCAAAAAAAGCAUGUAGGUGUUUUUGGCUCUACAUUUACCGAAGAAUGAAAGAACAUUGCUCUUCGUUCUCAACUUCUUAAUUGAAUCCCUUUCAGUUUUCAUAUGCGGAAGGGAAAUUAGAACGUUUCAAAAGCGUCUUUUAAACUUGAAAAAGAAACGUGUUGUCCAACUUGCAGAGAGAUCGGCUGCUCGUCAAUAAACUCUUCAGGUCGUGAUGAUUCUGGAAUGCCUUAUAUUUGUGUUCACCCUCAAAUUAAUUUUUCGCGACUUGAUGUUUGAUUUCUUUUUAGAGUUCAGAUCAAUUUUUGUUGAGAGGAUGACAAACUUCAUUAUCGAACAGCAAAGAGGUAAAGGUCACAAAAAACGUGAUUGAGUUAACUUGUUCAGAUUU